AUGAAGCUGGAUCACUACACGACCCAGUUCUUAACUGGCCAUGGUGACUUCCGGACAAAAUUGUACGGCUUUAAACUCGUCCCAGAUCCAAUCUGCGAGUGUGACCGGAAACCAGAAACGGUCAACCAUGUACUUAGGUUCUGCCCGCGGACGAAAAGUGCCCGAAUUAGGCUCAAAAGAGCCCUCAGCGACGAAGGCGUGUCGUGGCCACCGGCGGACGGGGCCUUCCUCAAAAAUAAGGCCACAUACGAGGCAUUAGCAAGAUUUGCAAGAGAAGCCCUCACAAACCGCACGGACAGAUAG